AAAGAAUACAAUGCCUUGACCACGUCAUUGUGCUGACCAAACACUUUUGUAGACUACGAGCCCCUCCCCCUGUUACCAUGACAACUAGCUAAAUACCUUACCUGGCCUUUGCCAUUGAGUUAGAACCUAUGCAUGCUGUGAUCCACCAUGCCUAAAAGCAAGACACCAAAGAAAAAGGAUGCUGACAAAGCCCCUCCCGUGGAUGAGAAGUUCCAGACAGUGGAGGUGUCGACUAGCAAUCCUCGCACAGUGCUGCUGAUGCUGGACUCUCCUGAGCCUGUGGUGGUGUGCAAGGCUUGUGAGGUCAUGCACAAGUUCAUCGAGAAAUCUGAUGCCAACUGCACUGAGCUAAACAACCUUGGUGCUGUGUGUCCACUGGUGAAUCUUCUCUCCUCACCCGAUAAAGCUGUACGCUCUUUCAGUGUCAUCUGUCUUGCAUCCAUGGCCAGAAAUGCUGAGGUGAGGCUGAUACUGCUCAAGAAGUGUGACUGUAUUCCACCAUUACUGGCCCUGUGCACGCCUGAUGAGGAGCUGAUGACACAAGAGAGAGCAUCAUUCACAAUCACCCACUUGGCAGGUGACUACACUUUCAAGGUGAAGCUACUGCAAAACUCUGCACAAGACCAGCUCGUGAAGUUGGCUCUAUCCACAGACCCUGAUGUUAAGCGUAACUGUAUCAAGUCUUUGAGUUUAAUGGCUGAAUAUUACGAAUCCCGUCCUGCACUACUGGAGGCUGGAGCUCUUCCUCUCGUUCUUGACUGCCUCUCUUCCGAGUAUGCCAUCAUUCAAGAGCUGUGCCUCAACGCUCUGCAUUCUUGCGCCUACCACAGUGGUUGUAGGAAAGCCAUCAUUGAUAGCGAUGGUCUCACAAAGAUUGUGUCAUUUUUGGGUCAGAAGGAUUGGUCUGAUCUGCACACGCUGGCUGUGUGUGUACUGGGGCUGAUAAUGGAGGAUGCAGACAGUAUGGCUGCCCUACAAGGAUCAGGCCUACUAAUGCAGCUACUCACACACAUCAGAGAGAGCACUGUUAUAGAAGUCAAGAAACAAUCUACUAAAACUCUUGCUAAAGCAGCUACCAAUGCUAUCAAUAGAAGCAUUCUCCAUGAGCAGAAAGUGGAGAAAACGUUCCUAGAUCUGCUCUCCAGUGAGGAUCCUUGUGUUAUAGUUGGUGCAUGUGAGGGCUUGACAGAGAUGGCUGCUCUAUCAUCUAGCAGGCAGGUGAUGGGUACAGAAGGCUGUGUGACAAGUCUGGCCCAGUGCUUGGGCCGGGAGGAGGAUGAGGUCAGAGCAGCAGCAACUAGGACACUAGCCACUCUUGUCUGUGACGCUCCAGCCAACUGCAAGAUGUUGGAAGAUGCUGGAGGAGUGGAAUUGCUUGUAGGACUUCUUCAAGACACGGUUGCCUCUUGUAGACAGUAUGCUGCCGAGUGUGUGGCUACAAUGGCCCCAGAUGAGGCCUUUCGUUUUGAGCUAGCUAACUCUGGGGCAGUCCAAGCUCUGGUUGAUUGUCUCUCCUUUGCUGACACCAGAGUGCAGUCCAGCGCUAUGCAGGCACUGGGCAUGCUCAGUUGUGACUGCAUUGCUAGGCAACUGUUAUUGGAAUGCAACGGGGUACCCCCUCUCUUGACGUGUCUACAGUCACCAUCAGGAGAGCUGGUGCAGAGGACAGCCUGGACCAUUGCCAUAGCAGCUCAGAGCAGUCAAGUAGCUACUGCAAUAGGACAACUGGGAGGACUGGACCUAGUGCAGAGGCUCUGCUCUACGGCUACUGGCCAUGCUCUCAUAGAGAGUGCUAGGAUGGCACUACACAAACUGCUCUCCUCCAAUCUCCCAGCCAAGUACUGGAUAUCUGGUAGACUGGACCACACCGAUAUCAUCAGGGACACAGAGUUCUUUGACCCUGGACCUGCUCUGUCUGGCAGUACUCCGUACACUUCCCUCUCUGACCUCCUGAGUCAGUCAGUGACAUGUCAUCAGCCAGUGCUGACUGUUAGUCUACUGGCCAAACUACCCCCUCCACCAGAGGAGGGCUCUGUCAAUUUGGAGGCCUCUCAGUCAGUUGGUAUAAACCGCACCAAAUCAAGACAACAGGGAUCCAAAAAGAAAGGCAAGAUGGAACGUGGUGACUCUCGGAUCUCUGAGAUAUCUGAUGACCCCUCCACAGUUAGUGAGAAGUUGCCUGGUCUAUUAGGCCUGGACACUGGGCUGUGGGCACACAUUGCAUACACUCGGGAGAACCUUGCAGGCCUGGGAAGCGUCGAGGAUCAGGCCACAGAGCUGGCAAAGUACGUGGCUGAUAGUUUUGGAGGAGCAUUGGAACGCAGUGGACCGUUUGGUUUUGAGCUCCCUGAAGGCCAACUCAUGAGAGAGCAACAGUCAAUAGCUGUACCUCUGGGGGAGGUGAAAGCAGGCGGCUUCCAACACAGAGCUCUUCUAUACAAGGUUUUAUGUGAUCAGUUGGGUGUUCCCUGCUCACUGGUGCGUGGAGAGUAUGGUCGUCAUUGGAACGAGGUGUUAGUGAGGGGGCAGUGUGAUGAGAGUGAGAGUGUGAGAGUGUGUGUAGUGGACCUGGUGUUCUCACCCGGAGCUCUCAUGGAACACACCUCUCCCUUAGCUGCUCAAUACCUGACUAUCUAAGCACUCACUACAUUAUCAUACCUAACUUGUUAAUAUUUUGCGUAUAAUUAUUGCAAUUAUUAAAUAAUGAUCGUAAUAAUUAAAGCAGCUAUACCUAUAUGGAAGCUUGAACAGCUUGAAUAUGUCGUUGAAUAAUAAUUAAUUUUAUUAGCAAA